UUUCACGUUUGUGUGUCUCACUCUGCAUUUAUCCAGUAGAGCAGGCGGUAGAAAGAACAAAGACCAAAACUGGACGUGACCAGAGAUACUUGCAUAAGUGUGAUGUUAAACUAACAGGUCUGCCUGUGAUCCUGUUAUUAGGAAGGGCUCAGCAGUGCCUGGGAGCCCAGGGAGCCACUGUCUGAGUCCCUUGGGGUCGACGCCAAGAAACCACUGACUAUGAACGCCACAAAGGGAGGCCUGAUCAUUUUCACGGCCAACUCCAACCCAUCCAGCAGAGAGCUGGGUAAAAGGAUCGCCGAACGGUUGGGUGUGGAGCUUGGCAAGGUGCAGGUCUAUCAGGAGGCAAACAGAGAGACGCGGGUUCAAAUCCAAGAGUCUGUUCGUGGUAAAGAUGUCUUCAUCAUCCAGACUGUAUCCAAGGAUGUUAAUACGACCAUCAUGGAGCUGCUUAUUAUGGUGUACGCUUGUAGGACCUCCUGUGCACGGAACAUUAUCGGAGUCAUUCCCUACUUCCCUUACAGUAAACAGUGCAAAAUGAGGAAACGAGGCUCCAUAGUCUCCAAACUCCUGGCCUCCAUGAUGUGCAAAGCAGGUUUGACUCAUCUCAUCACUAUGGAUUUGCACCAAAAGGAAAUCCAAGGCUUCUUUAACAUUCCAGUAGACAACCUGCGAGCAUCUCCGUUUCUGCUGCAGUACAUUCAGGAAGAGAUCCCUGACUAUAGAAACGCAGUAAUUGUGGCUAAAUCUCCAGCAUCAGCUAAAAGGGCGCAGUCGUUUGCGGAAAGGCUUCGGCUGGGCAUCGCCGUGAUCCACGGCGAGGCGCAGGAUGCCGAGUCCGAUCUUGUGGACGGACGACACUCUCCACCUACCGUCAAAAACAUCGGAGCUAUUCAUCCGAGCCUGGAGAUACCUUUACUCAUCCCAAAAGAAAAGCCUCCAAUAACUGUCGUGGGAGACGUGGGAGGUCGGAUCGCUAUCAUCGUGGAUGAUAUUAUCGAUGAUGUGGACAGUUUCCUGGCAGCAGCUGAGACGCUGAAGGAGCGAGGUGCUUAUAAAAUCUUUGUCAUGGCCACUCACGGAAUCCUGUCCUCUGAUGCACCACGUCUGAUCGAGGAGUCUGCGAUCGAUGAGGUGGUCGUCACAAACACCAUUCCACAUGAGAUCCAGAAACUGCAGUGUCCCAAGAUCAAGACGGUCGACAUCAGCAUGAUCCUGUCUGAAGCAAUUCGUCGCAUUCACAACGGAGAGUCGAUGUCGUAUCUGUUUCGUAACAUAGGCAUGGAUGAUUGACAGCUUUGUCACCUUCGGUUUCAUCACUGCCAGUUGUGUAAUGUGCACAAAGUCUUUUUUUUUUUUUUUUUCUUCCCUUCUUUUUUCCACAUUCCACGUUCCUGUGGCCAAAACAAUUUUUUUUUCUUUACAUUUAAAAUGUGCUCAAAGGCCAUGACACUUUUUUUUUUUUUUUUUUUUUUGUACAACACAUUUUCUAUUUAUUUUUAUUGUUUUGCUCAUAUCCCGUUCACUUACUAAUUACUGCAGUGUGGUUUUCAGAUAAGUUUGAAAGAGGGUGAGUUCUGUGAAAUACCCUUCACAGCUAUUUGUUUUGAUUGCUGGUUUGUAAUAAUUUAAGAACGGAAAAAAAAAAAACACUGGCUGUUUUUUUUUUGUUUGUUUGUUUGUUUGGUUUUCUUUUCUUCAUUGUUCGUUAAAUUGAAUACCAGUUUGUACUUUGUGUGCUACCAUUGAACUGAUACUGAUUAGAAUGGUUAAUCAGGGGUAAAGUGCUUUGUUGUGUCAGAGAAUAAAUGACAGUCAUAUUUAUUUAUACUCUCGGAAGACUGGAAGACUUCUUUCAAAUGGCCAACGAUAACAAAUUCAUAACACAACGAUCAUCUAUUAGCACUACGCCAUAUAAUUGUACCAGUCAUUGCCUCAUGACUUGUGUAAUCACUGUGCUACUAGAUAAUUAAACGUCUCAUUUAUUCGGCAAGUUCUCGGAAGCACUGUUGCUCAAGUGAUUUUAAUUUUUUUAACCGACAUUUAACGUGCAAAAUUGGAAUUGUUAAAUUGUUGCUUGAACUAGAUGUAGAUUAUUAAGUAGGAAUAUUUUUCAUGCUAAAAUGUUGAACUUCAGCAUAUGAAAGCUCGUUUGCUUUUAUUAGUUAGGGGUCCAUACCAGCGAUCUUGCUUCAAAAUAUUUCAAAUUAUCCUUAACUAAAGUUUUCCUUAACUUUGACUUUUCCAGUCAGUCCGUUGCAGGGCAUUUUGUUUUUGUAUUAAUACUUCAGGCUCUCACACUUCCUCACAGUAUGUGAUGAUGAUGAUUAUGAUGAUGAUGAUGAUAUAAUAAAUUAAUAUAAAUU